CGCCGCUUUUGACUCACUCUCUCUCUCUCUCUCUCUCUCUGUAUUAUCACCAUGUCUAAGUCUAACCAUCAAGAAUCAAGUGCUGCAUGGAAUGCCAAUUACCCUCACCCUAAGCUCAAUGAAAGAAUUCUUUCUUCCCUUUCACGCAGAACUGUUGCUGCUCACCCCUGGCAUGACCUAGAGAUUGGACCAGGAGCUCCUUCAGUUUUCAACUGUGUUGUUGAAAUUAGCAAAGGUGGUAAGGUUAAGUAUGAGCUGGAUAAGACCAGUGGACUUAUUAAGGUUGACCGUGUUCUUUACUCAUCAGUUGUGUACCCACACAACUAUGGUUUUAUCCCACGAACCAUCUGUGAGGACAGUGAUCCGAUGGACGUUCUGGUUUUGAUGCAGGAGCCUGUGCUACCUGCCUCCUUCCUUCGAGCCCGUGCUAUUGGACUAAUGCCUAUGAUUGACCAGGGUGAGAAGGAUGACAAGAUCAUUGCAGUUUGUGCUGAUGACCCUGAGUUCCGCCAUUACACGGACAUCAAGGAACUUCCUCCACAUCGACUAGCUGAGAUCAGAAGAUUCUUUGAGGACUACAAGAAGAAUGAGAACAAAAAAGUUGAUGUGGAAGACUUUCUACCAGCUGAAGCUGCCGUUGAGGCCAUCAAGUACUCCAUGGACCUGUAUGCUGCUUACAUUGUUGAGAGCUUAAGGCAGUGACUUCUCAAAACUGAAUUGCAGUUGCAGUGACCUCUAAAGUAUUAUGCAAAUGUGGAUAAAACCCCAUAGACAUUCUGAUUUCUGUGUCAGUGUUGCGGCACUUAUGCAACCAUCGCUGUUUAACUCUUUUAAUUUGAGGUUGCGGUUGUGUACUGCUACAACUCAUAUCUAGUACCGAAAGUCUGAAACCCUUAUAAUUACGAAAAGCAAGAAACAGGUGGUUGUUAUUGUUAUUA